AAUGCUUUUCAGACGAAGGGUACCUCGUCGUUUGGUAAGCGACGAAAUAAGACACACACCCUGUGUCGUCGAUGUGGGUCCAAGGCGUACCAUCUGCAAAAAUCGACCUGUGGGAAAUGUGGUUACCCUGCUAAGCGUAAGAGAAAGUAUAACUGGAGUGCAAAGGCUAAAAGACGCAACACCACUGGUACUGGUCGCAUGAGGCACCUGAAAAAGGUCUACCGUCGAUUCAGGAAUGGAUUCCGUGAGGGAACCACACCGAAGCCCAAGAGAGCAGCUGUUGCAGCCUCCAGUUCAUCUUAAAGACUCAUCUAUUUGUUAAAUAAAUGGUCUUAACCAGAAAA